AUGAAGGAUGCUUGGAUAUCUGCUGAUGAGCAAUGGACCAACUACAUUCAUGGGUGGCAGGAUCGAUGGGUAACUCUGAAAGGCGACACACUCAGUUAUUACAAGUCUGAAGAUGAAACGGAGUAUGGCUGCAGAGGAUCUAUCUGUCUGAGCAAGGCUGUGAUUACACCCCAUGACUUUGACGAAUGCAGAUUUGAUAUUAGUGUAAACGAUAGUGUUUGGUACCUCCGAGCUCAGGACCCAGACCACAGACAACAGUGGGUAGACGUAAUAGAACAACACAAGACUGAAUCUGGCUAUGGAUCAGAGUCAAGUUUACGACGCCAUGGCUCCAUGGUGUCUCUGGUUUCUGGAGCAAGUGGAUACUCUGCAACAUCCACCUCUUCGUUCAAGAAGGGCCAUAGCUUACGUGAGAAGCUUGCAGAAAUGGAAACCUUUAGAGACAUCUUGUGUAGACAAGUCGAUACUUUACAGAAAUAUUUUGAUGCCUGUGCAGAUGCAGUUUCCAAAGAUGAACUACAGAGAGAUAAAGACUCCCAUAACAUACUCUCUUAUGGGGAUUUUUUACAUAACAGUAACAGCAGUAAGGAAAAAUUGUUUCCGCAUGUGACACCCAAAGGAAUUAAUGGCAUAGACUUUAAAGGAGAAGCUAUAACUUUCAAGGCAACUACUGCUGGGAUCCUUGCUACACUCUCUCAUUGUAUUGAACUCAUGGUAAAACGUGAAGAAAGCUGGCAAAAAAGGCUAGAUAAGGAGACAGAGAAAAGGAGAAGAUUUGAAGAAGCAUACAAAAAUGCUGUGACAGAACUGAAGAAAAAGUCCCACUUUGGAGGGCCGGACUAUGAGGAGGGUCCUAAUAGUCUGAUUAAUGAAGAAGAAUUCUUUGAUGCUGUUGAAGCUGCUCUCGAUAGACAGGAUAAAAUGGAAGAACAGUCCCAAAGUGAAAAGGUCAGAUUACACUGGCCAACAUCCUUACCUUCUGGAGAUGCAUAUUCUGCUGUGGGGACUCAUAGAUUUGUCCAGAAGCCCUAUAGUCGCUCUUCCUCCAUGUCUUCCAUUGAUCUAGUCAGUGCCUCUGAUGAUGUUCACAGAUUCAGCGCCCAGGUGGAAGAGAUGGUACAAAACCAUAUGACAUAUUCUUUGCAAGAUGUAGGAGGAGAUGCCAAUUGGCAGCUAGUGGUAGAAGAAGGAGAAAUGAAGGUAUACAGAAGAGAGGUGGAAGAGAAUGGAAUAGUUUUAGAUCCUUUGAAAGCAACCCAUGCUGUUAAAGGGGUAACAGGGCAUGAAGUUUGCCACUACUUCUGGAAUGUCGAUGUUCGUAAUGACUGGGAAACAACAAUUGAAAAUUUCCAUGUUGUGGAAAAUUUAGCUGAUAAUGCAAUCAUCAUUUACCAGACACAUAAGAGGGUGUGGCCAGCUUCUCAAAGGGAUGUGCUGUAUUUGUCUGCCAUCAGAAAGAUACCAGCAUUCAGUGAAAAUGAUCCUGAAACAUGGAUUGUGUGCAAUUUCUCCGUGGAACAUGACAGUGCUCCUCUGAACAAUCGCUGUGUCCGUGCCAAGAUAAAUAUUGCUAUGAUUUGUCAGACCUUAGUAAGCCCACCAGAGGGGAACAAGGAAAUAAGCAGGGACAACAUCCUAUGCAAGAUUACAUAUGUAGCUAAUGUGAACCCAGGAGGAUGGGCACCAGCAUCAGUGUUACGGGCAGUGGCAAAACGAGAAUAUCCAAAAUUCUUGAAGCGUUUUACAUCAUACGUGCAAGAGAAAACAGCAGGAAAGCCUAUUUUAUUCUAGUGAUAGCAGCGAUCAGAACAAGACUGGGUGAGCAUUCCACGUUGGAGAAGUGACCAUGCAUAGAGCACUCCAUGCUGGAACGAAGGAUCUACAGUCUUUUUAUGGCCCAAGUUCUAGGCUUUGUAUACUGAAGUGAAGAAGUGUUGCGACACCACAAGGCUGAAUAUUUAACAUUAGCUCUCUCCUGAUAACUUUUCUUGCUGAAUCUGUGUAAUUAUAAAUACAUGUAUUGAUAACAUGUAUAUGGCUCUAUUUUUAUUUGCUUGCUUUAGAAGAGGGAGAAUGUGUACAACUUUGAAUCACCAACAUGGGUUACUGCUUUGAUUUUAAACAACUUGCAGAAUUUUCACUGUCAACCUUCCUAAGAUACUCACACGGUUUUUGUGCAUGUCUAAAAAGCACAAAAGACAAAUGCACAUAUAGCAUACUGUAUGUGCUUUAUAUGCACAAAAAUCUAUGUGGUAUUUGGGGG